AUGACCCUCCCCAACCUCCCCCCGCGUGCAGCACCCUCCCCCCUCAUCCCCCGGCACAUCCAAAACCUCUCCUCAGCCUCCAACCUCGAACCCCACUGGGGGUACGCUUCGCGCGCAGUGCCCUGCACCAACGACCCGGGCUCCUGUGCCUACCUCGACGCCGUGUAUGACGCCCACGACCGGGGGAUGGUCUACACGGGUAUUUUUUGGCUGACACUUGUUGGGUUGGUGGGGGGGUGGGGGGUGUUGAGAAUACUCCUGCGACCAAGAGGUGGGAGUGUGGUGGAUGGGGAUCAGGGGGAGAAACAGCAAGGCGAAGAAGAACAACAACAGCCCAACUCAAUAUUAUCCACAACAACCCGCCUCGUGCAAACCCUCCACACAACAACAACCCACCACCUCCUCCCCUCCUCCCCCGUCUUCCUCUCGCCCCUCCUCGGCCACCCCACCCGCCUGCAACUCCUCCUCCUAACCAUCCUCACCUCCUACCUAACCCUCUUCACCUUCCUCGGCAUAACCUACAGCACCUGGAUCACCCCCAUCAAAAACCAACCGCCCACCGUCCUCAACACCCGCACCUCCAUCGGUCCCUGGGCCGACCGCGUCGGCGUGCUGGCGUACGCCCUCACCCCGCUUAGUAUCCUGCUCAGCUCGCGGGAGUCGGUGUUGAGUCUGGUGACGGGGGUGCCGUAUACGGGGUUUUUGUUUUUGCAUCGGUGGACGGGGUAUGUGAUUUUGGUGCAGUCGGUGUUGCAUACGGUUGGGUGGGUGGUGGUGGAGGCCAAGUUGUAUAAUCCGCAGCCGGAGGUGUGGGAGAUGUAUAUUAAUCAGGGGUAUGCGAUUUGGGGGGUGGUGGGGUUGGUGGUGUUGGUGAUGAUGUGGGUGUUGUCGUGGCGGGUGGUGGUGAGGAGGGUGACGGGGUAUGAGGUGUUUCGGAAGGCGCAUUAUGUGCUUGGGAUGGUGUAUAUUGGCGCGUUGGUUGGGCACUGGGCGGGGCUGCAGUGCUUUUUGUUGCCUGGUGUGAUUCUGUGGGGUUUGGACCGGGCGGUGAGGCUGGUGAGGACGGGGUUGUUGCAUUGCGGGUGGUGGUCGGAGGAAGGCAGCAAGCGACGAUGGGGGUUCCGCGCCGCUGAGGGGACGUGUUCGCGGGUGUGGGAAGACGCCGAGUUUGGGGAUGUGGUCAGGAUCGACCUGGAACACCCGCAGAAACCCUGGGCCGUCGGACAGCAUUACUACCUGUGCUUCCCGGAGAGCAGCAUCUGGCAAAGCCACCCGUUCACACCAGUCUCACUCCCGGUUUUGACGACCGACGCAGCCGGGGGGAAGGUCAAGCACACCUACAUCUUCCGGGCCAAAGGCGGCGAGACGAAGAAGAUCGCUGGUCUCCUCGCCCGCAAACUCACCGCUGCACCGACUCGAACCGCCACGACGCCCAUCAUCCUCCAGGGCCCGUACGGCCAAGGCACGCUCACCGGCCUGACGCUCAACACCAACAUCCUCUGCAUCGCAGGCGGCACCGGCAUCACCUACGUCCUGCCCGUCCUGACUCGCCUCGUCCGCGGGCCGGUCGUAGCGGAUCGCAAGGUCGAGUUGAUCUGGGCUGUCAAGCGGAAGCAGGACCUGCAGUGGGUUGAGCCCGAGUUAGACGAGCUCCGCCGGUUGGGUGCCGCUCAUGGUCUUCGGGUUCGCAUCUUCGUCACUGCCAAGGUCCUCCCCCUCCCGGCCGCGGAAGCAGAGUCAGAGUCAAAGGAAACCAAGGUCACAGCUGGCGAUGAAGCGCGGGCCGAGAGCGAAGACGAUAUCGAGUCGUCGCCGGAAGCCCCGCCCGCAUACGACAGUUUUGAGAAUAGACCGGACGUCGGUGCCGUGGUGGACGAGUUCGUCGCCUGCGUUGUUCAGGGGCCGACGCGUGUAUUUGGGAGCGGCCCCCCUGGAAUGGUCGUUGAUUUGCGAGCGGGCGUGGCUAGAUGCAACUCGGGACGCAAGGUCUGGAAAGGGGAGGAAAGGUUCAACGUGUCUCUAGAAUGCGACGACCGCAUGGAGUGGUAG